CACCUCCAACCCACCCACCAACCCCCACACCAUGGCGUUCUCCGUCGGCAACCUCAUCCACAGGACGAUCGUCUUCGGGUCGCUCGCCUUUGGCAUCUACGGCACCGUGGUCAUCGGGCAAAACGUCAUGGUUAAGCGUGAUCAGAUCAAGCUCGCCAUGGCGCAGCAGCGGGCCGAGGCCCAGGCCGCUGCUGCUGCUGGUGGCCCUCCUCCCGAGGCUAGCCCCGCACCGACUGCCUCGGCAUAAAACGUAGACCCGCAGAUUACAUCUCACACAACGCACUGUACAUUAUGCACCUCUCAUGGACGCUGGGAUAGCACCACGGCGGCAUCUCACAUCCCCCCGCCGCGUGGCACCUCACACAAUGGCUCCCCAAGGAUCCCCACUCACCUCUCUCACGCCUUACGCCUCACUUGCUUCACAC